AGGCGCAUGCGCGAAAAGAGCCCGUCUAUCAACACUGACUUUGGUCUAACAGUCCAACCUGUCCAACAGUCACAGUGUUCGGUGGCGAUGGAAAGAGAUUAGAUAGGGGACAUUGGAAAAUUAGAGCGGCAUUUUUUUGCACCUCGGGUCUGUGUGAUUUAUGUGUUUGUGUCAACGCCUUUAUCAUGUAGCAAUCGGCCGUUCGUACCAGACAUCGCACAGGCGCACAUUAACACGGAGGAAAAGGUGUGCCGCGGAGCAAAUAGGUCGACUUGCCGCUUCUUAGAAACGAGAAGGAGGGAGGACAAGAGAAAGAGAGAGAGAGAGAGAGAGAGAGAGAAUUAAGGCGGUGCAACGAGCGUAUCACAGGCGGUCGUGACACACAAAACGUGCUCGCGAGGCGACGAGAGGAGUGCCGGUAAUUACCGUGAUUAUUUAAUCAUGCCCAAUUCGCGGAUCAGCAGCGGAGACGAUCGCGCGAAGCGAGCAACCACGGUGACAUCGUGAUUUAGCAGCGCGCGAUUCCUUCCGCGUGUGUGCGUGCUUCGAGAUGCUACGUGUACUGCUACGUCCCGCAUAUAUCGCAACCGGGUGUUAUACAUGUGUGGGUGAACGUGAUAUGCGGCUCGUUUGAAAUCGAUCGCGAAAAAGCCGCCCGCGUCGACGUGCGAGUGCGUGCACGACACUUCUGAUCCGCUUCUUGAUGGUGGCGGUAGUGGUAGCGGGCUCGCGCAUUCCGGCCGGUUACACCUGGCCUGGCCGAGAAAUGCGGCUCUGAAUCGGCGAUUCUCCCGAUUCUCGGUUUGCGCGCUGAGGUGGGUGGAUGGCAGGCGGCGACAGAUUGGUCGGGUAGGGGGUUUGUCGUCGUCGUCGAAGAUAGAGCGUGCGUUCGAUUGAUACGUUCCAUUGUCACUUUGACGAGAGGGAGGGAGAGAGAGAGAGAGAGAGAGAGAGAGAAAGAGAGACGAGGUUGAUUGUUCGCGGGUCAGGAGACGGAGUAGUAAGACGGAACUGCGUAAGGAACGCAAGAAAGGAGGACGGAACGUAAGCGAGGAGGGAAGGAAGGAAGGUGGUGAGGGAGGAAGAGGGUAAGACAGGAUAGACGGAGAGGGAGAAGCGGGGUAGAGCAAGAUGGCGAGCUCCUUAACGUGGUCGUGCUGCCUGCGUUUUAAAUUCAGCCCGGAGGAGAUCGAGCAACGUUACAAGAGCCAGGAGAUCGACCGGAUGCUGGAGAAGGAUCGCCAGACGUUUCGCCGGCAGGUCAAGCUGCUGCUGCUCGGCGCGGGCGAGAGCGGCAAGUCGACAUUCCUCAAACAGAUGCGGAUCAUACACGGGAUCAAGUUCGAGCCUGAAUUAGUUAAAGAAUAUCAACAUGUGAUCUACCAGAAUAUAAUUAAAGGGAUGAAGGUUUUAGUAGAUGCUCGGGAUAAGUUAAAUAUUCCCUGGGAGAACCCUAAGAAUUAUGAUAUCGGGUUUCAAUUACUCAAGUUUGAAAAUACUAUGGUACUGGAUACUAGAUUAUUUUUGCAUUAUGUACCAGCAUUACAAAGUUUAUGGAAGGAUGCAUCGAUAAGAAGAGCAUUUGAUAGGCGAAGAGAAUUUCAAUUAAGUGAUUCUGUCCAAUAUUUCUUGGAUAAUCUUGAUAGGAUUGCAAGAGUGGAUUAUACACCUACACAUCAGGAUAUUUUACACUGUAGGAAAGCAACAAAAGGGAUUUCCGAAUGUGUGAUACCAAUUAACAAUAUCCCUUUUCUCUUUGUCGAUGUUGGCGGCCAAAGAUCUCAAAGGCAGAAAUGGUACCAAUGCUUUGAUUGUGUGACUUCUAUACUUUUUCUUGUAUCAUCGUCGGAAUUUGACCAGGUCUUGUUGGAAGAUAGGAGGACUAACAGAUUGGAAGAAUCUAGAAACAUAUUUGAUACAAUUGUAAACAAUAUGAUAUUCUGUGGUGUCUCUAUUAUUUUAUUUCUAAACAAAACGGAUUUGCUCGAUAAAAAAGUGAGGUCACAAGAUACAAAUGUCCGUUUGUACUUUCCACAAUUUGCGGGUGAUCCACAUUCCAUGAAUGACGUGCAAAAUUUUAUCCUCGAUAUGUUUGUCUCGGUCAAAAGGGAUCCGAGGAAGCCGUUAUUUCAUCACUUUACUACUGCGGUAGACACGGAAAAUAUUAAAGUUGUCUUCAAUGCCGUGAAAGAUACUAUUCUACAUCGAAACUUAGAGUCACUAAUGCUUCAAUAAUGACAUAGAAACGAAGAAAUUAAAUACAUAAAGCAGCUAGUAAAACAAAGGUACGCGGCAAGAAUUUAUAAUAUUUAAUAUGUAUUAUUAAUCCAAUCUGUAGUUUUUGAGGAAUAUAUUGCAAUAUACAGACUAGGUCAAAA